UCAAUUCGUCUUACAGUAUCACAGUUUUGUGUGAGCUUCACAUUUGGCAGUACAUAUCCAGCUUUAACAGACAUCAAAAUGAAACUGUUCAUUGUCGCCGCUUUAAUAGCUGUGUGCGCCGCUGGUCGUCUCGAACACCUCGAGCGCUCUUACUUGCCUCCCGACAGCAGCAACAGUCUAGGAUUCGGUUCCAACGGCCGCUCACAAAACGGCUUCGGUUCCAACGGACAGGGUAGCCAAGGUUUUGGUUCCCAUGGUUCCUCCGGCAACUCCUUCGGCUCCGGCUCCAACGGCGCUUCUCACGGUGCCUUCGGUUCGAACGGUGGUACCAAUUCUGGCUUUGGUUCAAACGGAAAUGGCUUCGGUUCAUCUAAUGGAAACGGAUUUGGUGCUGCCACAUCCAACCAAUACUUGCCACCUAAUUAUAGCACAUCUGGAUCUAACGGAUUUGCCAGAAGUGGAUCUUCUUCAGGAGCUCCGAGCACCCAAUAUGGUGCUCCAUCGUUUGGUAGUAACGGACUCGGAGUACAGGGCGGCUCUCAGUACUCGCAAGGCUCUGGUCAGUACGGGCAGGGUCGUACUCAACCCAGCUCCGGCGUCAGCAACCAGUACCUGGCACCACGCUCCAACUCUUUCCAGAAUAUCCCUCAGCAGAGCUUCGACGAGCAGACUGGCUACCACUACUAAUGAACAUAAUUAAUUUGUAACCGCUUAGCUAAUGUCAUUGUAUUCUCUCAAUGUUAUGUACUUGAAUAUAUUUACUUGUAUUAUUAAUUGUAA